UCAACAAAAUCUAUAUUUUAACCCUAAAAAAUUCGAAACUUCCAAUUUCAACCCCAAUCUCACUCCUCUCUUCCCCUCUCAAUUUCUCUCAUCACCAUUGUCGUCCUACCUUACCUUGCUCUUCCGCUCAUCAACAAUACUCAUUUCUCUUCUCAAUUUCUUCCCCAAUACUCCUAACCCAGAAAAGUGUUGGAGUUUCAUGCUUAAAUCAUACUGCCGGAGUUUGGAAAGGCAUGCUUCCCAGAAUGGCAGAGGGGUACGGGCCUCACUUCAAAGAAGCGAGGUGCCCUCACUAAAGGGUGUGCCUAAGUUUCCUCUUGGGAGCAGGAGGAUGGCUUAUCUCCGUAUUCUUCUCUUUGGAAUCUUGGAAACUAUCUUUUGGAGGCAUUCGUGAAGCUUGAAUGUUGGUUGGAUUUGCGUCUGUUACUUCUUGGUUGAUCCUUCACCAGAUUCUUGAAAUAUGCUGUUCCUUUUCCUGCUGGGGGUGCGAAUUAAUCGGUACUUCUGAACGAGCAACAAUUUGCCAGGAUUAAAAGAGGAUGAGUCAGGCUGACCAAGGAAUCAGCGCUGAUAAUUUAGCUGAUGCUCCGUUGAAGCGAAAACGCGGUCGUCCCAGAAAAUAUCCGAAGCUAAGUUAUGAUGAGAAUAUUCUUAUUUCAAAGAAUAGAGGUAAGAAACAUUUGGAGGCUAUGCCUAUUUCUCCUGGUUCUGGAGUAAAUGGAAACCAAUCACAACCAGCAAUUCAAAUUCAAAAUAUAUCUGAUGGAAUGCUGGGACAAGUCGUGUCUGGUGUCAUUGAGGCAGUAUUUGAAGCUGGAUAUCUUCUGUGUGUUAGGGUUGGCAACUCUGGAAUCACUUUGAGGGGUGUGGUCUUUAAACCCGGGCAUUAUGUCCCAGUUUCGGCAGAGAACGAUGUGGCCCCGGAUAUUCAAAUGAUCAGACGAAAUAUGGUUCCUUUUGCUACAGGAAAUCAGAGUCCUGGAAAUAACCCUCUAUCCAAUAAUGGAGAGGUCCCAUCCCACGAAUCAUCAGGUGCCACACUGGGGUUUAAAUAUUCGCCUCCACAUUCGAACUGGGACGCUCCGAAAGAAAAAUCUGUAUCAUCUAUACUUGCCCAAAUUACCCCUUCCGGAAGCUCAAGAGGUAAUGUGGUUCCUGUUGUGCAACUACCUGCUAAACUAACUAAUGGACCCUUAGGUCCCUCUGAAACAUUUACACUUCAGACUGCUGAUAUUGAAUCCUCAAAAGGCAAAGAGGUUCUUAUAGGUUCUUUUACGUCAAACGAAUCAGCUCCCAACGAUGUGACAGUUGGGAUAGAAAGCUUUUCUUUCCAACCUCAAACUAGUCAGCAGGUCGUCUUACAAGAUGUUUCGGUAGAAAACACUUCUCACAACGAAUCCUUGGUAAUGGAAGUACAUGAUUCAGAAGGUAAAUCAAUGGCAUUGCCUAGCACGCCUUUCGAGAGUCUUGUGACUGAAGUGAUCAAGAGAAUUCAAGCACCCACUCUGUCAGCUGAGAUGCAGACUGAGAACAACAAACCAACUGUUACGAUAUCAGCUAAAGAAUUCGAAGUUAGUUCAGAGGUUGAAGCUAACCUCCUAGCAGAUGGAGCGUUGAUGAUUGAACCCCUAAAAGCAGUGCAGCCCCUUCAUGAAAGUUCAGAGCAUAUUCCCAAAGCUCUGGAUGACGAGUCUAGAACCGGCAAAAUGACUGAGCUGUUACAGGUUUUGCAGGAAAACAUGAUGCAAACUCCAGAUCCGUGGGGUGACGUGCACGACCCGGGUUUGAUGCUGAAGUCGGAAGAACCUGGGGAAUCAAGAAGAGAGAUUGGGGAUGAAGAAGAAGCUGGCAGCCAAAAGCAAAUGUGAGUAGCAGCAGCAUGUAUGGGCACAGUUAAUACUUUGGGUAUAGAGGGGGUGGGGUACCAUAUGGUGUAGCUGUUUUCUGGAUGCUACCCAACGUCUAAUCCUAACAUAGUGUAGUUGGAUGAUUGUCUAGUUGGAUAUUUGGAUAUGGACAACAAGUUCACAUAUGGAGAGUAAAGUAGCUAAAAGAGCCUUAAGUUAUAAGGUUUUGUUGGGCAGCUUAAUUGAAUUAAUGAAAUUUAUAAGUUUUAAUCCCGAA